AUGUCCGGCCCCAUCAAGCCCGCCAAACCCACGCCCUUCCGCGACUGGAAGAAAGCCACCGAAUCCGCGCUCUACAGCUUCGCCAACCUGCGCACGCUGCAGCACCUGCCGCACCACGAGACGUCGCUCAAGUUCCUCGAGCGUCUGCGCGACGACCCGGGCGUGAAGCACGUCAUGCGCAAGCACAAGUACUCUGUCGGCCUGCUGCUCGAGAUGGAGCCCGCGGGGAACACCACGCACGAGGGCAAGACGCUGGGGCUGAAUAGGAAUAAGGGCGAGGUUAUCGAGGUCCGCCUGCGUACGGACUGGUAUGAUGGGUGGAGGGACUACAAGACGGUGAGGAAGACGCUGAUGCAUGAGUUGGCGCAUAUCGAGUUCUCGGAGCAUGAUAGGGAUUUUUGGAAUUUGACGAAUCUGUUGGAGAAGGAGUGUUUAGAGGGCGACUGGACGGUGGGUGGGCGGGCGCUCACGAAUGAGGUGUUCUAUAACCCGCCGGAGCAGGAGAAGCAGGAUGAGGCGGGGUGGAAGGGAGGGUCAUUUAAGCUUGGUGGUGGCGGGACUACGAAGAGCUCGACGACGGGUGCGGAGAAGCCGGUCGGGCAGGAGUUGACCAGGAGGGAGAUCAUGGCGAGGGCGGCGGAGGAGAGGAUGAAGAAGCUGACUGCGGCAGCGGCAGCUUCGAGCUCCUCCUCCGCGUCCGCGUCCGCAUCCGCAUCUACUAAGUAG